UCGCUGUCAGUGGUGUUGCUAAAGUAACGUUCCGAUGUUUUAAUACCGACCACCAUAUAAAAAGGCCCAGCUAAGAAGGAUAGCUCAAGAUGAUGGUUCCCCCCAGAUCGCUUCCAUCUCUUCUUGCCCUGCCAGCGCUUGCCUUCCUCUCGCUGUCAGCGAGCGCUUUGCCUCAUGCUCGAGCAGCGUCAAGCACGGCUCCUCUCAAGCUUGCCGUCAGAAUAAAUUCGUACGGGAUCAAGAGCAUCGUGGCUGCAGAUCGAGCUCGAAUUCAAGCCCUACAAGCUGGCGGCAGCUCUUCUGUCGAUGCAACCAAUGCUGUGACGGGAUACACCGCUGACAUUGGCGUGGGGAGUCCGGCAACAAACUACACACUCCUGGUAGACACCGGAAGCUCAAAUACCUGGAUCGGGGCCAACAAACCUUACCAGAAGACUACAACGAGCCACGACACAGGGAAUCAAUUCUAUGUUCCAUACGGGUCCGACGGUCAGGAUUACGUUUCUGGAGAAGAAUACACAGACACGGUAACGCUUAACUCUGAUCUGGUCAUCAGCAACCAAUCUAUUGGCGUCGGAUCUGCAUCUUCAUCUGUAACCUCAGGGCUAGAUGGUCUGGACGGGAUUCUUGGCGUCGGACCAGUUGAUUUAACGCAGGACACCGUCAAUAAUACAUAUGAAGUUGCAACUGUGACGGACAACCUCUAUACGCAGAAAACAAUUAGUUCGGAAGUACUCGGCGUGUUCUUCGCACCUGCUUCUUCUGACGAUAGCGGCGGCGAGCUCACAUUCGGUGGCUAUGAUGCCUCCAAAAUUACUGGAGACAUCAAUUAUGUAUCGAUCACGUCAACAUCUCCAGCGAAUACGUAUUGGGGCAUUGAUCAAUCCAUCAGCUAUGGGGACACAGUGAUUUUGGCUGAGACAGCCGGUAUCGUCGAUACUGGAACCACCUUCAUUCUCAUUGCCUCUGAUGCCUUCGACAAAUAUCAGUCUGCUACAGGGGCAACCUUCGAUGAGAGCACUGAAAUGCUAAAGAUCUCAUCUGACCAGUACGACCAGCUCUCAUCCUUGUAUUUCACUACUGGUGGGGUUACUUAUGAGCUUACCCCAAACGCACAAAUCUGGCCCCGAUCGCUGAAUACCGACAUUCGCGGUACCACCGACAGCAUAUACCUGAUCAUCGGUUCCACUGGGAGUUCCUCUGGUUCUGGCUUGGAUUUUGUGAACGGCUACUGUUUCCUCGAGCGGUUUUACUCGGUGUUCGAUACGACGAACUCCCGAGUUGGGUUCGCCACCACUGCGUACACCGAUGCCACGACAAACUAACUACAGUCCUUCAAGAAGAUCAAAUACCCUGGGCCAUCAACAUACCCACAAGAACAUUCGGGCCUUACUUGAGAAUUCGUUACGUACAUAUUUCAUCAGAUUCUGUUGAUAUCACGUACAAGUCGUAC